AUGCGACGGUACGGUAUUGCGUCGCCCGAAGCCAAGGGCGACGAGAAGUCGGCAACGGUGUUGAUUGGUGAAGCCAAGCAAUUGACAUGGCGGCUUGUUGCGAGAGAGAGGUCACACAUGCGCCCAACUCGACUGGCGGUGGGCAUGGUAAUAUAUGAGAUUCGGGUGCUGGCGAGCCGCAACGAGGAAGCGGGACAGAGCUCCGAGUCCAGAUCCGGCGUCUCGACGAGGGCCAGUCACCCUUUUGCCAAAGCGGCGGUUGUUCUCGCUGGGACCGCGAGGGAGGCAAUCUCGACAUUCGAGUUGGAGUGA